UCUCAGUGCCACUGUAUAUAUGAAGGCAUGCUGGCCUCUGUGCUCCUGAGAUAGUGUUCAGGACUGUUUUCUGGUUUACUUUAAGCCACUAAACAGCUGCUCCAUAGAUAUGCUAUUAUCGCCAGGUAAAAAACAAUAGAAUCCUAUAACGGAGCCCAUAUGGAGAAGGGAAGAUGAAGAGGAAUAACAAUGUCUAGCGUCAUUCAGUAAACGUUAAAAAAGCAACAAAACUCCACCCUAUAAGCAACUGAAUAAACACUCAACACCAUUAAUCACUAGUAUUUAAUAAAUGAUCUCCAAUAAGCGUGUUUGCACAAAAACCGUAAGAAGUCAGUAAUUUCGUAGAAACUUGACCCGUUUUUCAUUUAAAAAACUUUCAAUAUUAAUUCGACGUCAGGUUGACCUCUAAAAAGUGUAGGUUACGUGGAAAAUCAACUUUUAGAGAAAAGUCGGGUAAGAAGUACGUCAUUUCAGUUUUUCUUGUCGAACGGGUUGCUUCAAAUAUUCGUGGGUGUGAUUCGAGGCCUGUUUUAGACGAUUUACCAUGUUCGGCCAAAACAUCAGCGUAAUAGAAGGCCUAACGCAAGAACGGAAACGCAGUGUAUACUUAGAAACGGCCGAACCAUAUUACCAGCAUCCAGACAGGAAUCCUAACCCAGUAUCGAAAGUAGCCCCUUUUGCCCCACCAGGUCCCGGUGACCCGAUACCGAUUCCUUUUAAGGCUUUCCAGAACAAAUCCAGCACCGUCUUAUAUGACAGUUUAAGGCCUCUGUUGACCACUAUGAAAGUAAUGGGAAUAAUGCCCAUUACCCAUGAUGAAUUCACCUUUCAGGUAACCAUUCAAUUGAUAGCCUAUUCGGUGGCUAUUUUUUUAAUACUCUUAGGCUACAUAGGCUACAUAAAAUGGGAUAAACUUGAAAUGGUUCGAUCUGCGGAAGGACGUUUCGAAGAAGCCGUAAUAGACUAUCUCUUCUCCGUCUAUUUGGUACCAAUUGUUCUAAAUCCUAUAGCUUGGAGCGAAGCAAAGAAAAUGGCAAGAGUUUUGACCAAUCUUAUUGCGUUCGAGAAAAUCUACUACAAGGUUACAAAAAAAAAAUUUAUUCAAUUUUUGGGAAACAAACCAUAUGUUAUAAGCAUUGUUUUACCAGUUUUGGCUUGUUCUACUAUGGUUGUUACACAUGUUACUAUGGUUCAUUUUAAGUUUCAACAUAUUAUACCGUACUGUUACAUUAACAUCGUGAUCUACCUCCUCUGCGGUAUUUGGUACAUGCUUUGCGACAUGGUAGGUCACAUCGCUCUGACAGUGGCUGACGAUUUCCAAGGAAUCCUCAAACACAUCGGGCCUGCAAACAAAGUGGCCGAAUAUCGAUCCCUCUGGAUGUUGCUCAGCAGGAUAAUCAGGGACAUAGGCAACGCUUUCAGCUACACAUUGACUUUCAUAUGUCUGUAUCUCUUUUUAAUCAUUACAUUGACUAUUUAUGGAUUAAUGUCGCAGAUACAGGAAGGAUUGGGGGUGAAGGAUAUCGGAUUGGCUAUUACUGCGUUAUUUUCUGGAAUUAUGCUACUGCUGAUCAGCGAUGAGGCUCAUUAUGCUUCUAACUGUGUGAAAGUACAGUUCCAGAAAAAAUUGUUACUUGUCGAAUUAAAUUGGAUGAACGACGAUGCACAACAAGAAAUUAACAUGUUUCUUAGAGCUACUGAAAUGAACCCCACCGAUAUGACCCUGGGUGGAUUUUUUGACGUCAAUAGAACUUUAUUUAAAUCUCUAAUUGCCACGAUGGUUACCUACCUGGUGGUGUUGCUGCAAUUCCAGAUUAGUAUUCCAGAGGAUACUAGUAAUUUUAAUGCUAGCAUGUUGAUUAAACACUAAAUCAAACGUUUAGUAAUUGGAG